CCCAAUUCGGACAUCUGGACAUUUCUCGAUCCCGCUCACUUCUCAGCACCGUUCUUGUUUCUGGUGUCAUCUACAUAUUCCCUUCGCCCUUCUUCUUCUUACUGACUGCGAUGCGCCGAUUCAAUCCUCUCUCUACCCCAUGUGAAUCUCUCCCCUGAUUCCUCCCCGACCCUCGCUCCCCCCCGCCGGCCAAAUGUCUAGCGACGACAGCCACCCGCCUGCAAGUCCUCCUCCUGACCGCGAACCGUCCGCCGAAACCAUCUCGGAAGACGCCGCUUCAGACAAUGAACCGACCACAGACUCAGCGGGCCAGCCUGAGUCCGUCCAAGAUACAGAAGACGACCGGAUGGUAGACCAUGGAGUCACCAUCAAUGUCCAAGACGUGGAUGCUGAGGAUGACACCCAGAGUGAAAGCACGGCCGAUGAUGCUUCCCACGACGACACCCCUGACCACGAUGCGUUAGAUUCACAGUCAUAUCAGGCUGGCGCAUCCCAUCCUGAACAUGCUAAUCCGCCAGCCGACACGUCCACCAUUCAAGACGCUGCUUCGUCAGUCCAGGAGCAUCCUGACACCGAUUCUCAGCCUGCAAGCGACAGAAUUGAACAGAGUGUAUCGUCCUCGGAAGCACCAAUUGCUACCAGAUCCCAGCGUGCAAACUCCAGGCCCACACCCCCCGCCCGCCCCCUACCAGUGACUUCCACUGUCUUUGUCAUCAGCGCACUCGAGUCGAUAGGAGCGUCGAAAGAAGUUCGCCGUAACAAGGACUUUACCGAUGCUGUUCAAGCCGCCUUGGCCAAUAUCAAGAAUCCUGAGCAGGCUGUGAAUCCUGAAACCAUCUUCAAGCCUCUCCAGAUGGCCACAAAGUCCUUCAAUGUCCAGAUGCAAGUUACCGCCCUCGACUGUAUUGGCAAGCUCAUUAGCUAUUCAUACUUUGCAUUCCCCGUCGCCGGAGACCCUCGUACAGACUCCGCCGAUACUCCCCCGCUCAUCGAAAGGGCCAUUGAAGCCAUCUGCGAUUGUUUUGAGAAUGAAGCUACCGCGGUGGAGAUCCAGCAGCAAAUCGUCAAAUCCCUUCUGGCGGCCGUUCUUGACGACAAAAUCGUGGUCCACGGCGCUGGCUUACUCAAGGCUGUGCGCCAGGUGUACAACAUCUUCAUCUACUCAAAAUCGAGCCAGAACCAACAGGUCGCUCAAGGUUCUUUACUCCAGAUGAUUGCCACUGUAUUCUCACGCGUCCGGACACGGCUCGAUGUUAAAGAGGCUCGUAUGAGAGACAGUAACGACCCCAAGUCAGACGACGCCUUAUCCGGCGAGGCGUCCAUGUUUGAGCAUGGAGAACUGAACGGUCAGGUCGCGACUCCCGAUCAUGAGAGCCCCCCACAACUAGGAGACACACCCACCAAGACUCAGGAGAAACUUACCCUCGAAAGCUUUGAGCACAACAAGAACCUAGAUGAUGCUCUUGUGGCUGAUAGCGCUCCUACUACAGUCACACGCGCGAGGGCAGAACGACCCAAAACACGAUCCAACUCGGGUCCCACUGCCCGGAACAGUCUGCAAGAUGAUCAGGAAGAUUCUGACUUUUCGCCCGAGGAUGAAGAUGAGAUCUAUAUCAAAGAUGCCUUUCUUGUUUUUCGCUCUCUAUGCAAACUAAGUCAAAAAGUCCUGACUCAUGACCAGCAACAAGAUCUUCGCUCUCAGAACAUGCGCUCCAAGCUCUUGUCACUGCAUCUAAUCUAUCACCUCAUAAACAACUACACUACUGUCUUCACGUCGUCCUUUUCCACCAUCAGAAGUGGCAACAGUGAAGAAACCACCCCUUUCUUACAGGUUGCCAAACCCCAUUUAUGUUUGAGUCUCUCCAGAAACGCAGCCAGUUCAGUGUCACGUGUCUACGAAGUUUGUUGCGAGAUUUUCUGGCUGUCCCUAAAGAAUUUGCGCGUGUUAAUGAAAAAGGAGUUGGAGGUCUUCAUGAAGGAGGUUUAUCUUGCCGUCUUGGAGAAGAGGAGUGCACCCCUCUUUCAAAAGGAAAAAUUCAUGGACGUCUUGGAAAGGCUUUCAGCUGACCCAAGAGCCCUCGUCGAGAUAUAUCUGAAUUACGAUUGUGAUCGGACGGCACUAGACAACAUGUACCAGCAAAUCAUUGAGCAUCUAUCAAGGAUUUGCAGCACCCCCGUUCCCAUCACUCCUGCCCUGCAGCAUCAGUAUCAGGAACAGCAACAUAAACCGUCCACCCCCUCAGGCGCCUCGGAAUGGCAUUCUAAAGGCUCCCUUUUACCAGGACUUUCAACUGCUGCCUUGAGCCACCAGCCUCCUCCUCCGCCGAUAAUCCCUGUCGAAUACUCUCUGAAACAGCAGUCGCUCCGCUGCCUUGUCGAGAUCCUGUCUUCGCUUGAUAGCUGGUCCACGCAUCCGGCGCAGGAUCAGCCCAAUGCAUCUCGAUACCCAAUGUCUCGGGGCUCUUUUGAGGACUCUCGUGACUCCUUGGACAAUGCCGACAGGCCACCUCCGUCCCCACGAGUUCAUGGAAUCAGCAGUGAAUCCGGAGUUUCAACCCCUGUCGCGGAAGACGAUCCGAAUGAAAUAGAAAAGAUCCGAAAACGGAAGUCGGCUCUUAAUGAAGGCAUCAGACAAUUCAACUUCAAGGCCAAACGGGGUAUCAAAUCCUUGAUUGCCAAUGGCUUCAUUCGAAGCGACUCUCCCCAAGAUAUUGCUAGAUUCUUGCAUGGCAACGACAAACUUGACAAAGCCAUGCUUGGGGAGUAUCUAGGCGAAGGUGACGAAGCCAACAUUGCUGUCAUGCAUGCAUUUGUGGACGGGAUGGACUUUGCAAAACGGCGCUUUGUGGAUGCGCUGAGACAGUUCUUGCAGAGUUUCCGCCUUCCUGGCGAAGCACAAAAGAUUGAUCGUUUCAUGCUGAAGUUUGCGGAACGCUAUUUGACUGGAAACCCAAAUGCAUUUGCCAAUGCGGACACUGCCUACAUCCUUGCGUACUCGGUGAUUCUGUUGAAUACAGAUCAACAUAGUACGAAGAUGAAGGGACGAAGAAUGACUCUGGAAGACUUUGUCAAGAACAAUCGAGGUAUCAAUGACGGUCAAGAUCUACCUCAGGAAUACCUUGCCAGCAUUUAUGAAGAAAUUCAGGGCAAUGAAAUCGUCCUAACAUCGGAGCGCGAACACGCCGCCGAGCUUGGAAUCACUUCCGGGCCUGCUGCUGCUGGGUUGGCUUCCAGAGCCGGUCAAGCCCUCGCCAAUGUUGGCCGCGAUCUCCAAAAAGAAAAGUAUGCCCAAGCUUCAGAAGAGAUGGCCAACAAAACCGAGCAACUCUACCGAAGUCUCAUCCGAGCACAAAAGAAGUCCGCCCUCCGUGAUGCAUUGUCGCGAUUUAUACCAGCCACUUCCUCCAAGCACGUGGGUCCCAUGUUCAACGUGAGCUGGAUGUCUUUCUUGUCCGCGUUCUCUAGUCAGAUGCAAGAUGCUCAAAACCUUGACUUGAUCAGACAAUGUCUAGAUGGUCUAAAGCUCGCCAUUCGCAUCUCAUGUCGUUUUGAUUUGGAAACGCCACGUGUUGCUUUUGUGACCGCCCUCGCCAAGUUCACCAACUUGAGCAAUAUCAAAGAAAUGCAAGCCAAAAACCUCGAGGCUCUGAAAGUUCUCAUCGAGGUCGCGCUCACCGAUGGAGAUCAUCUGAAAGGUGCUUGGCGCGAAGUUUUGAUGUGCAUCAGCCAGCUGGAUCGACUUCAAUUACUUUCCACCGGUAUUGACGAAGGGGCCAUUCCAGAUGUGAACAGAGCCAACCUUCCUCUCCCAUCUCAUGGGAAAGAUGGUAGCCGGAGUCGCAAAUCUAUGCAAGCCGCCAUGAGGACCCGACCACGAUCUGCACAUAGUUUCCGGCCUGAAGUUGCGGACGAAUCAAAGUCCACUGACAUGGUCCGAGGCGUGGACAGGAUCUUCACAAAUACUGCCAAACUCUCCUCAGAAGCAAUUGUCGAUUUUGUACGAGCACUCAGUGAUGUCAGUUGGCAAGAGAUCCAGUCCUCGGGCAACAGUGAAUCGCCGCGAACUUAUAGCUUGCAAAAGCUGGUCGAAAUCAGCUACUACAACAUGACCCGAGUCAGGAUUGAGUGGACGCGGAUCUGGGAAAUUCUAGGCGAGCACUUCAAUCAAGUCGGCUGUCACAACAACACAGCUGUUGUUUUCUUUGCCCUCGAUUCACUUCGACAAUUGUCCAUGCGUUUCAUGGAGAUAGAGGAAUUACCUGGUUUCAAGUUUCAAAAAGACUUUUUGAAGCCUUUCGAACAUGUCAUGUCUAACACUUCCGUUGUGUCAGUCAAGGACAUGGUUCUGCGCUGCUUGAUUCAGAUGAUACAGGCUCGUGGGGACAAUAUCAGGUCUGGCUGGAAGACUAUGUUCGGUGUCUUCUCAAUUGCGGCAACCGAAAGAUAUGAAGCGAUUGUCAAUAUCGCAUUUGACUACACCACUCAAAUAUACAAUACUCGGUUUGGGGUUGUAAUUACCCAGGGGUCGUUCCCAGACCUUGUUAUCUGCUUGACGGAAUUUUCGAAGAAUCUCAAAUUCCAAAAGAAGUCGUUGCAGGCAAUUGAAUUGCUCAAGUCUACCGUUCCCAAAAUGCUCAAGACGCCAGAAUGUCCACUUUCGAGACGGCACAUCACAAAAGAAGAAUCGUCUGCGUCUGGUGUCGUCGCCGGCGUCAAACAGCCUACUUCUCAAACCGAAGAAGAGCAAUUCUGGUACCCCGUCCUUAUUGCAUAUCAAGAUGUCCUCAUGACGGGUGAAGAUCUUGAAGUACGAUCAAGAGCACUAACGUACUUGUUUGACACAUUGAUCAGAUAUGGAGGUGAUUUCCCCACUGACUUCUGGGACACCUUGUGGCGUCAGCUUCUCUACCCUAUCUUCGUUGUCCUCCAAUCCAAGUCGGAAAUGUCCAAAGCCCCGAAUCACGAGGAGUUAUCGGUAUGGCUCUCAACUACAAUGAUCCAAGCCCUUCGAAACAUGAUCACUCUCUUCACACAUUAUUUUGAUUCUCUCGAGCACAUGCUUGACAGGUUCUUGGAUCUGCUAACAUUGUGCAUCUGUCAAGAGAAUGACACUAUCGCCCGCAUUGGCAGCAACUGUCUCCAACAAUUGAUUCUCCAGAAUGUCACCAAGUUCACGGCUGACCACUGGGCAAGAAUUGUCACUGCCUUUGUCGAGUUGUUCAAUAGAACUACCGCAUAUGAGUUAUUCUCGGCGGCGGCGACCAUGUCCGAUGCUCGACCUACGCCUGCACAUGAUGGAGGGGACGGACUGUCGAUAUCGGGUGGGAGCAUUGUUGAAACCCCAACAACCAACGGAGCGCCAGAGGCUUUCCCACCCACAACACCCUCCCUGGACCAGAAAAGCCAGGGGCUUGAAGGUUCGACAGACGUGCCACACUCCCAAUCAACCCAGGAGCUCGAAGACUAUCGACCGCAUACAGAUCUCCAAACCCCUAUGCCUGUUGUCACGGCCGCCCGACGCCGAUUCUUCAACAAGAUCAUCACCAAUUGUGUCCUUCAGCUUCUCAUGAUCGAAACGGUUGCUGAGCUUUUCUCCAACGAUUCUGUCUACGCACAGAUUCCAUCGCCCGAACUUCUGCGAUUAAUGACGCUCUUGAAGAAGUCAUAUCAAUUUGCCAAGAAGUUCAAUGGAGACAAAGAUCUCCGCAUGGCUCUGUGGCGACAGGGGUUCAUGAGACAGCCACCCAAUCUGCUGAAGCAGGAGUCAGGAUCAGCAAAUACAUAUGUGAGUAUUCUUCUCAGGAUGUACCACGAUGAAGGGGAGGAAAGAAGAUCUAGUCGAGAUCAGACCGAAGGGGCAUUGAUACCACUCUGCGCAGAUAUCAUUCGCUCCUUUGUCCUCCUCGAAGAAGAUACUCAGCAGCGCAACAUUGUAGCAUGGCGACCUGUGGUAAUUGAUGUUCUAGAAGGAUACGUGAACUUCCCCAAGGAAAGUUUCGAGAAGCACCUAGAGACAUUCUACCCGUUAUCAGUGGGUUUGUUGGAGAAGGACAUUGGCACUGACAUGCGCCAUGCACUCUGGAGCAUGUUCCGACGCGUUGGCGAACUUCGCUUUGGCAUGCCCGAGUAUGUGCAACCCAGAGGUCGAGAAGGCAGUGUCAGCUCGACCAGGAACGGCAGCACCAGUGCUCUGCCAACCAGUCCUGGCCAUUCCAGCCGGGGUUUUGAGUACGGUGUUGGCAGUCGCCGGGGAAGCAGGCACAGCCGGACGGGUGGUCAGUAGAAAAGUUGCAUGUUUAUAAAAAGAGUAUUAUUGAACGCCGACGGCCCUUUGAAUCCGUACAUCCGCCAGAGAGAGAGAAGCCGAGUGUCGGGCCCAGCUCGGAGCGAUGAUCUAGAUAUUGCCACCAUGUAACCAAGAUAGAGAUGUACCAUCAGCAGUUGUUCACUUUUCGGGAGAUCAUAUCAAAUCAUGUCAUGAGAUAGAUGGGUCAUCU